CCGUGCUGAUAGUGACUGCUAGUCUGAAACACCGUCUACAUCGUCUCCGAUGGAGCGCACGCGAGGCAUGCUCUCGCCGGACCCGUCCGUAGUGGACUUGCCUCCGUCCGCCGUUGAACCACCUCUGCCGGUAGCGCCACCUAUGCCACCUGUAUAUAACUCGCCUUCGCAGGGUCGGUACCCGUCUUCGAGUUUGGUGUCGGAGUCGGCCCCAGCCCCAAGUAGUUCCGUCCUGAAAGUCAACGCGCUUCCACCGGGAUUCGUUCCAUCUGCGCCAUCGACCCCACUGCCACAGGACACGCAGCUGCAAUCUACUCCUCGCAGCACACCGAUAAAUCUCUACGCUCCUGUCACCAGUGUCCCGCAAAUUCAGCGAUCGAGCUCGUCUUCUUCCACCACGAGCAACUACCCGAAGGCUAUGCAUUCGCGCUCGCGUUCUAUGGGUCAGCCACCAAGUUUAGAUAGCGUCCGCAGCAAGACGCCGCAUGCGCGCCCGCCAUCUUCCCUGGGCAGCGGGCCCCCGAUAUAUCAGGGUGCCCCUCAGCCUCCUGGGGGCUAUCCAGUGGGGCCAGGACCUGCUGGGAACGCGCCUGAGAGCCCGCGGUCGACCACAUCUCGCAUGUCGGGACACACGCGCAGCCGCAGCUUGUACGCGGGCAGUACACCUGCGCCGCCGAGCCGUCCUCUGUCGGCCGCGCCCCCCUCCGCUCUUGAUUCUGCUCACCAGCUUAGGCGCGCCUCCUCGGUUGCGUCGGACGACAGCGGUGUCUCCGGGCAGUCAAGGUCGUCAAGGAAGUCGCACACGCACUAUGACCCCAACCGAAACCUCGACCCUGCAUGGCUUGCGGGUUCGCAAGAGCUACCACUCUCGCCCAACACCCGGGCGAAUACGAGAGCCAAUGCGGCGAGGACGAACACGCCCGGCCCCGGGAGUCGAAACUCAUCUGCGUUGUCGUAUGCGAGCUUGAGGGGCGAUGGCAUAUAUCAAUGAGCAUGGACAUUUUCCACAAAUUAGUAGUCUACUAUGCAAUGCGCAACAUGGUUUAGAACUCUUGAAGCCACUCAUGAUAAUGCACGACUCUCCACUGAACGGAGUGCGAAGCCUCGAGCAUGCCCACCACCCUUCCGCUCGCGCGGCGGGUUCUGUAUGCUACGCACGUCCACAAAUUUGAGCUGAGAAUGAAACUCAGGGUCUUUGUCUUCUCCACGGAACAACUUCUUGAGGUUCGCCUCCAGCACAGCACCCUUGAGUACUGGCUCGUCCUUUUUUAGUUGUUCAGGGCUACCCGCGUACCGCCAUAGCCAGCUUUCCUUUGCACGAAGCAGGUUCGGGUGCUG